AUGAGCAACAACAUUCCCGGGAGACCAUAUCCCAAUGCUACCCCGCCGGAACAUGGGUCGCAUUUGCACCAAACCUUUGCGUCGGCGACGUCUUCGGCCCGGGCUGACCCAAAGCCGACUUUGGAAACCUUUAGAAACGUCGCAACCGCCUCGAACCCGUACCAGACGAACAUCGGCAGGUCAAAGACGAAGAAAUGGGUGACCGCCCCGAGGCAGAAUUACGAUGGCGAUGAUUGGGGUAACGACUUCGACGAUGAGCCCGAAGAGCCAGCACCACCCCUCCCGGGGCAGGGGACAGGACGCCAUGAGAUGAGCCAAGCGACCGACACGGCUCCGGACAUGCGCUCCUCGCUCCCUUCAGCUGGAACGCGCAACCUGUCGGGCCCGCCGAGUUUGCAGCUUCAAACACAACAGUCUACAGGCAGAAUCUCUCCGGGGGCGUUGCCGUCGGAUAAACGUCGUUCGUUCACAUCCGGCGGCCUGGGCGGGCCAGCGGCGUCUGCUGCUCAAUCGCCAGUCCUUCAUUCGGCACCAGCUGUCCAAAGUCCUCCACCAUUCUCGAAUCUUCCCUCCCGGCAGGGCACCACAUCUCCGACAGUCGCAUCCCCUAGCAGCCUGACGGGUGCCCCUCCGAGUACUCGCGCAACUGAGAACAACUUCCCUGCGCGCAAGAGCAGCCUCGAUACGAAGGAUGGGCCACUGGAUUUGACGAGCGGACCUCGGCGGCAAGGCGGACUUGGCUCACCGUCCGACUCCAGACCUGCAUCUGGGCACGUCAAGCCUUGGAUGGAGCCUCGUUCUGCUUCUCCUCAAGGGCCACGUUCGCCUCCGGGAGGCGUCAAGUCGCCAACCCUCAUCCGUCCCUCGGAUAUUUAUCGCCGCAUGGAAGAGGAGAAAGAAAAGAAGCGCCAAUCUCUCGAUUCGAGCAGACCUAGCGUGGACAGCGCCACGGGCAGGCCGGGCACCGUCGAGAGGGCAGAGUCUCCUGCGAUAAAACCGCCAGUAAAUCUAACAGAUGCACCUGGACAAAGUGUGCGAUCCAGCUCUGAUAAAGAAAACGCAACUGCUGAGUCGUCGGGCACUGGCGUCGCUGCUGGCCUCCCGACUGUAGCCGAGCGCAAGAGCGAAUAUGGCUUAGAUGGCUUCGCCAGUGGGUCUGGGUCCGGGCCAAAGUUCCUGGAGUUGAACUUUGAUACAGGAGACCUAGAUGCAAAAGAUGAGACGGAGAAUGUCAAAACCGCAUCUAACCCCACGGAUACAGCGACCGGUGGCGCUGCGAGUGCUGAAGGGUCAGCGUUGGCUUCGCAUUCGCAGAAAUCGGACAAGUUGCAUGAAGGGCCCCAAACGUCAGCUGCAGCCACUGCAAAAGAAAAUGCAAUUGUUUCCACGGGUGACAAGGAAAUGAUGAGCAGCUCAGGCCAAGAUGCAAAGCGUACCCCACAGACGGAUGCCACGCAAGAUGAAGACAGGGAAAACGAAUUGAGACGCUACUCCAGCAGCCCAAAGCUGCCCGACUUUGCAAGAAUGUCAUCAUUUGGGUUCGACUUCCUCAGCACUUCUGCCAAAGAUGAGGAUAAGCCGCCAGUUCCAGUGAUUGCUAAAGAGCAUGAAGUGUCUGCUCAGCCGCCGGUUGGUCUCAAAGCCACCACAGAGGGGAUUUCCAAGCUGGGAGAACUGAGCGAGACAAAGAAGGAACGGCAAAAUGAAGCAGAGCCGCAGCACGCGCAAGCAUCGGAGAAAGACGUUGGCAACAUGGACGUGCCGAAAUCACACAAAGAGGAAGGCACGAUUGGCCGCGUGUCUCCCGCACUGUCAAACAGCUCGAGCCCCACACCAGGAACCAACGACAUAAACACAAAUGCCAACAACCAAUCUCUCGGAUUGGGACUGGCAGUCGACAAACGGGCCUCGGCGGAGCUGGCGAGAAAAGUGUCACAGAGAAAACCCGUUCCGUCGUCACAGAUCGAACCCGUUGCAAGAACUGGCACAAUGGACACGGCCGCCGCCGUGAAGGAGAGCGACAAGCUCACAGACGAGAUCAUCAAGUCCUUGAGCCCUCAGGUCGCAGCCAGCGACACUUUGUCUACCGGCAAGCCUCCCGGCGAUUCGGUGCCACGGGAAAGCGCUUACCUCGGGGAUGUGUACGACUAUUAUGGUUCGUUCGAUGAGAAGGCGGCCGAAGAGGAAGAGCCCGUUCCACAGAAGAAACUCGACAGCCGGCCAAACUCUCCACUCAAGGGCAAGGUGCUGCCAGCGACUCCCAACCUGGACGAUGACGUUCCGGACGGAUCCAUGAGCCCCAAGCCUUUGAACACACAUAAGAAACAAUCCUCAGUGGACGCUCCCACUAAAUUGCGUCAACGGUUUUCUUGGGAGGCUGACCAAGAGCAGGUCAACUCUCCGUCCAACCCAGACCUCCCAGCCUUGGUAAUCCCAACGGAGCCCCAGGCCAACCCAGAGCCUGAGCCCAAGAGCCUGAAGAUCAUUCCUCCUAAUCAAUCCGACAACGCGCCAGUGUCGUCUCCUAUCUCCCCUGCCCGGGAUAACUCUGCGAUUAGCCCAAUUUCAUCAGGUUCUCCGAACUUGGAACGCCAGAUCUCUGAGUCGAGCAUGCUUGCCCCUGAAAGCCAGACGGCUCCCUUUGAGUUACCAUCUCCUAUUUCGGCCCUCUCGGACAACCGAGACGCAUCAGUGGCACAAGAGCAAAAUAAGAAAACGCUGGCCGAGGAGAAGGAGUUCAUCACAACCUCGACUAGCCCAGUGGAGGCGGAGCACCCAGCCUUAUCCCCAACGGCGACAACGGAUGAUUCUCGUGAUGAACAGCAGCCAACCACACCGAUCAACAUCGCACCAGGCUUGGCAAGUAUCCCUUUACAAUCUCAGACACCCGAGUCUCCAAGAGUCAAGAUUUGGACGUUCAGGGAGAUAAUGGCACUGCCGACCUCGGAGGAACGCGUUGAACGUAUGAUAGAAACACGCAACGUCUUUGCCAAGCUCGACUCUGGCCUUGCACCAUGGAUUGAUUCCAUGACUGCUGGUCCGGAGCACGCCAAUGCUUCAUCCUCACUCAAAGAAGACGUGAACAACUUUGCGGCUGGUCAAGGUGAAACCCAGCGAGCAGGAGGAACAGCAGCGCACUUGACACAACCGCAACCAUACUACCAGCAGUACGUAAAUGCAAGCAACACGAAUUUGGCAACCUCAGGUGGAGGUGAAACUACUAGCCGUCCUCUUAGCGGUACGCCGAAUCUCUCGCAGCUCACGAGUGAGUUCAGGCAUUCCGGUGGCCAGGUGGGUGCCAAGGGUAAGGAGUUUUUGAAGUCAGCCGGCAAGGCCGGCAAAGGACUGUUCAGCAAGGGAAAGAGCAAAUUCCAGACUGCUCGGGAAGAAUGGAAAUAA